CGUCUUCCUGGAGAAUACCCUAUUUUCUUUAUGCGCUUCUAGUCCCUAAUCUUGGUCACCAUGGCUAAGUUGCAUCACUCGUCGCCUAUCCCAAUUUCCCAAAGCAUUAAUGGCGUACCCGAGCAGGGUGGUGGGAAUGGAAGACCUACUGCGUUGAUGCUGGACAUUGGCGGAGUUUUCUGCAACUUCUCCGCCGUCCCGGAUGCUCCAAUUCCAACGAAAGUAUUCAAGCGCGUUCUUGAAUCAUCUGAGUGGCACAGCUUGGAGGCAGGCAAGUCGACGGAAUCAGAGGUGUUUGCGGCCUUAAAGGAGAGAUUCGCACUUGCGGAGGGCGCCCUACAACAAACCAUCCAUGCAGUAUCGUCGACCUUGACACUCAACGAAGACUUUGUUGCAGCUAUCAGAAAUCUCAAAAAGGACUCGGGCGGCCAACUCCGCGUGAUUGCUGCGACCAACAUGUCUACCGAAAGCUAUGACAUAGUUCGCUCCAAGGUUGGAAGCUGGGAUAUCUUUGAUGAUGUCUACACUUCAGCCAGCCUGGGUGUACGAAAGCCGGAGCAAGACUUUUUUGAUCGAGCUCUCAAAGCUGCGGGGCUAGAUGCAAAAUCAACUGUGUUUGUUGACGAUCGACCGGAGAAUGUCAUCUGCGCCCAAUGCCGUGGGAUGCAAGGAGUCCUGUUUGAUAACACGGUUAGGGUGAUCCAGAAGCUGAACAACUUCUUUGGUGAUCCCGUUGAGCGUGGUAAAUCUUGGCUCCGAGCUCACGCAAAGGACAUGUGGUGUGUAUCCAACACUGGUGUUCAGAUUCGGGAGCAGUUUCAGCAGCUUCUUUUGUUGCAUUGGACGAAUGACUGGGGACUUGUCGAUAUCGCCCAACUGAAUCCCCCUUCAGGCCAAUGGAACUGCUUUUCUUACGGACCUCCAGUGCUGACAACAGAAGUCUUUCCCGAGGACCUCGACACUACCUCUAUCGCUCUUCUCACGCUUGAUGUUGAUUUCGAUGUCAAGCAGAAGGCUAUGGAUAAUAUUUUCCAAUUUCUGAAUCCAGACGGACUGGCAUAUUGUUACUUCGACCCAGGCAGGCCGAGGCUUGAUCCUUUUAUCUCAGCCAAUGUGCUGCGAGUUUUCUACGCCAGCGGACGAGGCAAUCAACUCCAGCCCGCGCUCCACUUCAUGGAGGAUAUGCUCCGCACAGGCGCUUUUGAGCAUGGAACUCGCUACUACCACCUGCCGGACUUCCUGCUCUACUAUCUCAGUGAACUAUGUUCCAAGAACCCUGAUGCCGAUGAACUUGAAAGCUUGCGUCAGCUACUCUGUCAGCGGUUGAAAGCGCGCAUGGGAUCUACAAACGAUGCGUCAAGUGUCGGGCUCCGUCUGCUUGCUUCGAACAACAUGCGCCUGACCAACACACCGGACAUAAAGGUCUUACUGGACUUGCAGAGAAGCGAUGGUAGCUGGAUGGGAUACUUGUAUCGGUAUGGGUUUUCUGGGAUUCUGAUUGGAAGC